GUCUAACGGUACACACUGUAAGAAGGAAGAAAAUGAAAACAUGUUUGAAUACAGCUGUGAAGGCAAGUGAUACCCCCUCCUGGAAUAGGUCUUACUGAGGGCAGAAGUUUAUUCUCUUGCCUGAAUUGCAGUGGCAUGUAACAGGUGUGUAAGGCUCAAACAAACCAGUUUUCAGCAUGUUAUCAGCUAAAAGCUGAAGCACUCUUCACACCCCACAAAAGGGGAAGCACUUAACUAAAAGGUCCCAUUUUUCCUUGAUGCUUCGUAUCUGUUCUCUAAAGUAAUAGUUCCAAUGCAUGCUCUUCAUUUUCACUUAGUUGAGGAUGAUGUUCUCCUCUAGAAGAACCUAAUUUCUGAAGCUAUCUAUAAUAGCUAAAGAACAUCCUAGUUUCUCCAACAAAACCACAAAUCAAUUACCUCCCUAUAUACCAAAGCAGCACGCAAUGUUCCUGUUCUUGCUUAAACGCAUGGUAGCCUUCACACACACACACACAGUUGUCUAAAAGUUUAACAUUGCAUUCAGACUUGCUUUGAAAUCACGCAGCAAAGUAGUGUGUUCUUUCAUUUUCCAUUUCUAUUAAGAUCUUAACUGCUAAACUGAAAAGGCUGCCUUACGUUCCCAGGAUCUUACCCCUUCUCCAUUUUUCAGCAUGCAAUAUCUGAUCAAUGUAACAUUUUGUUUUUAAAGUAAUGGAAGCAAUGUUUCCUAGGUAUCAUCUUCAGUUCCAGUCUUUCAGCAAAAGACAACAAAAUUUGAUAAAACAGAACCCAGUUACACCAUUUCAGAUAACAAUAAAAAUGCUUUGAGGCAUUUCCUUUUUGAAAAAUACACAUUACAGCCAUUAAUUUUUAAAAAGAACAAUGUUAAUGCCAUGGGAAGAAAAACAAAAACAAAACCUCUCACUCCAGUCCCUACACCAUUUCAUUAUAAAUAAAAACAAACGCAGCAACGGAUGUAUGCAGUUUGCACCUUUCUGUUGAUUUUGUUAUCUUACAAGCUGACUGAGUUUCCAAGGAAUGUGAGUACAUAUCAGGCUGCAUUUCCAGAAAUGUCAUGGCACAGAACAAAUAUUCCUCUCUCUAUAAAACGCUUCGGAAAGCAGCAGCUUGGUGUAGCUACAAAACUACCCAAGUGACGUGUUGGAGGAUCUCUGGCUUCUGCUGGUUUUCCCGUGUAAUUCCUCUCUGCUAACCCAUCGGCUCCAUCAGUUGCAGUUAUUACAAUUUAGUUACAGAAGAAAUCACUGUAAGUAGUAAUCUCUUUUUGUCCUUUUGCAUGGAACAAAUGUGUUUUCACAUUCAUUUUUAGAAAUGACUUGAAGUCAGGAGAAAAAUUUUCAUUGGAUCGGGAAUCAAUUAAAUACAGAGAUUAUAGAAUGAGUUUAAUUUUUCAUUCUGUUUUUAGGUUUGACACACCACCUAAUGAAGAAAAUCAUGUUUCUCAGAGGUACUCUGCUGGGAAUUCUCCUUUUCAGCAUCCUCCAGACAGAAACUGCUUUGGCUGGCUCUAGUUUUUUAAGCCCUGAAUUUAAAAAAAUACAGCAACAAAAUGAUCCAACAAAAACAACAGCAAAAAUACAUCGCCGAGGCGCAGAAGGCUUCUGGGAUGCAGAUAAAGCAGGGGCAGAAGAUGGCAAUGACAGUAUUGAACUCAAGUUUCAUGUUCCCUUUGAAAUUGGUGUCAAGAUAACAGAAGAGGAGUAUCAGGAGUAUGGACAAACACUGGAGAAGAUGCUACAGGACAUUCUCAAAGACAAUGCUAAAGAAACUCCAGUGAAAAGCUGAGGCAAGCUGAAGGACAACCACAGCACUUGAUGAGCUGAUUUAAGUUCUACUUUAAAAUGCAAUUAUUACUGAUUUCACAGCUGUUAAGAAGAAGGAAGUACAUGCACCUGUGUAGUUUGCCCUGACAAAAAGACAUCAUACAGAUGUACUUUUAAGUAAAAAUACAAGAUCUACAACCAAAAAUAGUACAGGGCAAUGUUCAUUGCAGGUGGAUGUGUAGGCUUAUUUCCUCUUUUCCUUAGUAACUACUGUGAUUAUUCUAAAUGACAUGCUUGAAAUCUAUAUGAAACUCGUCUAGAACUGAUGGAAACAUCUUCUUACGCUUCUGUACACAUCUAUAAUAGAAAAUAAAGCUAAUGCUGAAACUGCAAUUACUUGUUAUUUUUAAGAGUAUCUCAAAUUAGACAGUUCAUGUAAUAAACUGCAAACUAGAUGCACAUGGAAUCAACUUUCAGUUGCCAAAUUGUCAAUGGAGGUGU